AAUCAGACGAAGCAGAGUUGUUUCAUCGUUGCUAUGGAGAACAGUCUAUGCUGCUAUGGAGGUUUCUAGAGUUUUUAGUAGUUUUUACUAAAACAAAUUGAAUACAGCAUCAUGUCUGAGACUACAACACUUAAAAUAUCUUACAUUUUUCCAAAUGGGGACAAAUAUGAGGGCGAGUGCUCUCGUACUUCAGAUGGUGUGGUUAUAAGGAAAGGGUCUGGCACACAGUCAUCACCCUCUGGACUUACAUACACUGGGGAAUGGGCCAAUGAUAAGCAGAUGAAUGGCAGAGGAACUCUUACACACCCAUCAGGGGCAAGUUACAGUGGCCUGUUCAGAGACAACAUGUACCAUGGCAAAGGAAUUUACAGAUUUCCUGAUGGGACAAAAUACACUGGAAACUUCCACAACAACAGAUUAGAAGGUGACGGAGAGUUCACAGAUUCACAAGGACUUGUGUGGACUGGGAUGUUCCAUAACAAAGCAGCACUGGGGCUGAAGCUCAAAGUCAACAUGUGACAUGCACAGAUACACACACCAUUUAA